AAGCAUGAUGCCGCAAGUUUGUGGGUGGAAAACGCAACCAGUUCCUCCUUUUACAUUUGUCUUCGAGAACUACAGAAUUAUGAUGGUCUACAUGAAGAUAUCUUUGUGGUAUAUGUUUUAUCCUCUAUAAAUAUAUCUGUCUGGAGUUUGCUAAAUCUUGGCUAAAGAAAUUUCAAGUGCAUUUUAACAAUUUGAUAUCUAAGUCGAAUGAAAAAGUAGUUACAAAAUACUAGCUGACAACUUUAUUGCUGGCAACAGACGGUAAAUUUCUCUCUCAAAAGUAACAGGAUUUUGGCAUAAAAUAAAGAACAUUUGAAACGUCCAGAACUUAUAACGUUUUAGUCAGCAAAACCAUGAGGCCCCAUAGGCAAGUGUCUGCCGAAAACAGAAUAGUAAGCGACAAUCUUUGAGCACAGAAUAGGCUUUCUAAGACAAAAUCACCUAAACUAAAUACUUGCGAAGCGUUUUUUUUUUAUGCUUGGUACCGUAAUCUGGUAACACGAGCUCAACCACAUACCUGAAUUUUGUUUGUCAACGCUUUCGGUAAAUCACACAAUAUUAAUUUCGUGGCAAUCUCAGAACUUCCAAAAACCACUCGUAAUAUUUCCACAUUUAAGACGGGCGAAUCAUCGUCAAAUUACUCGGAAAACUGUCGCAUUCUGCACAUAAAUCGUCGCUGGAAACUUUUCUCGACUUACACAGUCGAUUUAUUCAAGAUCCUGGUUGUAAACCAGCGGUUGAAAAGGAGACAUGGAGCCCCCGCCUUCCAAACAACUUUUGACGAAGACUUCUUUGGCCUGGUCAGAGAUCAGCAUCAAUUUCCAUCUCGCCGGAUAAAUUUCACCCCUAGAACCUCCUUUGUGAGGCCAAAGACUUUUUGCUGCCAACAACAAAGCUCGCAAUAUCCAAUCUUUCCUUCUCAAACCCGGGACCAGUAUUUCAUCCGUGCAGCUAAAUGAAACGAAAUACGAGACGACGUAGCAGACUUAAACGUGAGACUUGUUCCUUCUUAAGGUUUCAUGAUGCCUUCCGGAAAGCUUUGCUUAAGGCAGUCAAAAAAAACUCUAAGAAUGCCCACUAAGAGAGCCGUUUUCAGUCUAAAACGCGCGCUGAUUUCAAACUGGCAUACAGAGAGAAUUAUAUAGGAAGUUAUGAAAGGCCUUUUUUUAGGGGGAAGGUUGUAGGUUAAUAGCCAUUGAGAAACUCAUGACAGUCUAUCUAAUGCAGCGCAUUAUUCAGCCAACAAAUUCAACAAUAUGACGUUGUAAUGACGUCAAAUAACGUCAUUGUGACAAUCAAAUUAUGCCUAGACGUUGGAAAAUAUUUUAUUCUGUGUAGUUUUGGUGGCCGUAUCAUUACAGGUUUUAAAGUUAUAGAGGGGAGCCUCCAAAGCCAACCCACCCCGCUCACAGGGAGCAAAAAAAAAAUAGUCUGAAUAGGGUCAAUGAUAAUAUACGUGAAAUGAGCUCUCGCAAGCAUUGUGGAUACAAGUUACAAAUCGUUUUUCGGGCACAUGGCUCAAUUAUUUUUACACGGGAUUUAGGUAUGAGAUAGCAAUCCAUUUUUGAUUGCUAUUCCUCUUUUUAGAGUUGGAUGGCCUUUGAAACAAUCCACAGGCCCCUUUUCGCUGAGAGCAAACACGUGGAUUUUCCAAACAACAAUUCCGUUUCUACUAGCUACAAUGGUGCAUUUUGCAAGGUAAGACGCAACUUUACUUUUAAGCAGAAGAAAGCUCUAUACCUUUUUAGAUGGAACAGUAGACUUGCUACAAGUCCACCUCUCGGCGAGGCCGCGAAGCGGCCUACCGAGCGAGAAAGUCGCGAGAGGUCGACCUUCAUUUCGCGCCAUAUUAAAUCUGACGAAGGACUUUUUUUGAAAGUCUAAUGGAACAGCAGAGAAAAGUGGCUAUCAAAUAAGUACAUUUAGGCAUUUUAAAUCAUCUUUACGGCUGUAAAACUCCAGAUUUUAUCCCAACUUAAUAAACAGGAGUAAAAACGAAGAAAGUCGACCAUGAUUAAUCUCACAUCUAGUUGCCAUAUCAUGUUAUCAUGAUCUUUCAAAAGAGAAGAGAUGAAAGGAACUUGUUUUAUGAACGUUCAUCACCUAUAAUAUGACUAUGUGUUGAUCAGGAAUGGAUGGUGUUUCAAAUUUUAUAUCAACAGCCUUCUUUUUAUGUCCCUAGGACGUCCCAUUUGCAAAGAAUUACGACAAAGAACCCAUAGUAUUAAUAGCAGCCGGUCACAGCUCA